UCUUGGAUUCGCUAAAUUAUAACCAAAAUGUGAUUUGAAAAGUUUGUAUAACCAAUAUUAGACUGAAGAUAUAGCGUUAUUGUGUAGAACAAUCAUCCCAUUCCUAUUUACCAGCCAUGAAUAGAAACAAUGCACGCACGUGUAUAAUAAUAAAUUCAUCAGUAAUAUUAUUAAUUGCCUUAAGAUUAAUUAACGGACUACGGUGUCCGCCAUGUGAAAAAUUACACUGUAUGCCGAACACAUUGUCAAUACAGACUUGUAAAGGCGGUGUGACUACAAGUAUAUGUGGGUGUUGUCCAGUAUGUGCUAAGGUGAAGGGGGAGAGGUGCGGGGGAGAAUAUGAGUAUUUAGGUAAAUGUGAUCAAGGAUUAUAUUGUCAGCCUUUAAAACAAGAAUCUAACAGCGUUGUAUUUCCGGGACAAUCAGAUUUAGUUGGAAGCUGCACCAAUUUACCAGGACAACAAGCGGAUGAAGGGAGAACAUCUUUCUGUCGACCUGUUUGUUCACCUACAUAUUGUAAAAGAAAUCCUAGAGCGAUCUGUUCAGCUAUAAACGUAGCAGAUAUGCACCAAGAAUGCCAAGCACAAUGUCAACAUACGUCAUGCAGUGCAUGUAGUUACGUCAAAGAUAUAAAUUGUCCCAAAUGUAAAAAGAACGAUUUCCGUUGUUUGAAAAAGUAUGGAAAAUGUAUAAAGCGUAAUUUUUGUACAAGAAGAAAAUUUCCCUGUAAAAGAAAGAGAUUAAAGAUCGUUGAAGAUGGAAAGUUUGUAUGUAAAGUUCCAGAAUGUUUAGAUGUAUAAAAGAGGAUGAUAAAAAUUGUGUAGUACAGUAAGAGAAUUUUAAUAGGUUUAAACAUUUGGCGCUUAACAGGUUCAUUAGAUAUGGUUGCCGAAGUGAGACAACUUAACAUUUACGUUGCGAAAAGAUGUUUAAUGAAGCGUGAAAAAUACAUCUCGUGCACCUAAAAAAGAUAUUUCUAAUUACGUAGCCUACUGCUUGGUUAGUGAUAGUGUUGAUAGGGUGAGAUCAGUGUCCCGCGAUAAAAAUGUCACAAAAAUAGGCAGACAUUUUGCCCAACAAAGGGAGGUAAAUACAACAAUACUGAGACUUGGACAAAUGAUACACGCGAAAGGCUUUUAAGGGUGAAAUAAGACGUUAUAAAUGAAAAAAUAUUUCAUUUUGUAAACUAUAUUAUGGGUAUAUGGAUUUGAAUAUAUCGAAUAAAGGAGGGAAUAAUAUAUGAAAGAUGUAUUUAUAAUACCGUUUGUCGAAUCUUAUUCGUGUUAUAAUUUUUAGAUGCCUAUGAUAUAUUGAU